ACAAGAACCCCAUAUCGAACAUGUUUCAAUGCGAAUUAACAACGUGUUAAAUCGGCCUCCGUAUACCCGUCAAAUUAAUCACAAACUUUUCAAUAAUACCGAGUGAAUAAAGUUGUAUAAACUUUAAGUUGCAGAAACUUUGUUAAUUUCAUCUCAGCAUUUUGAAAGUGGCAUGGAGUGAAGCAGACGGUUUCAAUCCAUCAAAACCCCUGUAACCACUGUACAUCAAAAAGCUGGCAAUGGUAUCAGCGGCAGUGUUGGGUGCAGCAGCUGGAACUGGAUUGGCACUUGUUGUUGCAGUGACAAUAGUUGUCUAUCGUUAUUACUCCGUAAAGCAUUACGAAAAAUACUGGAGUACGUUGGAUCGAUGGCCCGAUCCACCUGCCAAUUCUACCAAGGGUUUAAUAAUGGAGACGAAUCGUACACAUCACUAUUGUCAUACUCCGCCUACAUCGGUACUCGAUUGCUGGAGGAAGCCACAGCGCAAUUACUGCGCUGUCCAAUCGCAGGAGUUCAAUGUUGCCAAGGAGCAUCAUGCCAUCCAGCCAUCAUCAGCGUCUUCAGCCUCAGAUGGUGGAUUGCCCCACCAGAGUAGAAGCUACCCGUGCACGGUAGGUCCACCAGUGCAGGGACCUGGUGGCAGAGUGCUAGCUCGAAAUCCAUCAAUAAGUUCUCAGGGUUCUCUGGAAGGUGCACCAGGCUCAUCAGGCCACCGUGGCUCCUCCCCCCAAAUUCGAGCAUUCGGUCCAGAUGGCCGACACCACCAUCACGAUCCCUUGCACGCAGCCUCCUCCUACCCGCCCAACCGGAGUUCAAGGUCACCAUCACCAGCACGAGCAGCCUCACUCGACGCUAGAUGCGGUAGUCCAGCUAGCUGCACUGGUAGUGUGCACAGCGGUACAGCUUCACCAUCGCAAAGUUCAUUAUCGUCUUUGGCAACAGUUGGGAGUUCCUCUUGUGUAACGUCUACCAUUGGGGCUGCCAAGUCGGGGAGUCGGUGUCUCUCUCCACUUCUCAUUCCACCACCCAGAGCGUGUCUCAGUGAUGGAGGACCAGCGCCUCCAGCCUCACCCCUGGGAUCCCUGCAGCCGGAUCUCUAUCAGCGUCGCGAUGGUCCAUUAUUCCUCAGUGCACGCAGGACUGAUCAAACAACUGGAAAGAGUCUUGGGAGACUCCAUUUGCGCCUCAAGUACGACUUUGACAGGUCGGAUCUUCAUGUUCAUCUCAUUGAGGCGCAUGACCUCGCGGGAACUGAUCAGGGUGGCUUCAAUGAUCCUUUUGUUAAACUCACACUCAGUCCUGAAGUGGACAACAAGAAACGACAGACACCUAUUCACAGGAACGAGCCCAAUCCGUUGUUCGAUCAGCAUUUCAAGUUUCCUGUCAGUCAUGAUGAUCUUCAGGACAAGACAUUAGUACUUCAGGUAUUUGAUUAUGAUCGUUAUUCGAGAAACGAUGUAGUGGGCUCAGUGAGGAUAGCGAUGGAGGAGCUUGAACUGGAUUCCUCGAGCUCAUCCAUAGAGAUUUGGGGGGAGAUUGCGGGUGAGAAGAAACCGCCCGAAGAGAUCCAGGAAGUUCUGCUGUCGCUUUCGUACCUGCCGAGUGCUGAGAGGCUCACGGUUUUGAUACUCAAAGCGAGAAAUCUGUUCUCCCCUCAGGAGAAAGACACUCUGGAUCCGUUCGUGAAGGUCAGUCUCCUGUCCGGCGACAGACGAGUGAAGAAGAAAAAGACUGAGGUGAAGAAAGCUACAAAGUGUCCAGUUUGGAAUGAAGCCAUGUCUUUCAAUAUUCCUGCGAGUGCAUUAACUUCUUCUGCUAUUGAGGUGUGCGUGCUAGAUGCAAGCAGUGAACUAAUCGGUGGCAAUGCAAUCAUCGGUUCCUGCAUCAUUGGCCCAUCGAUAGACGGAAAUUCCUCCGGUGGAAAUGCGGAAAUGAAUCCAAGUCGUGAGCACUGGACUAAAAUCACACAAUCUCCUCGAAAAGGUAUCGCCAUGUGGCAUACACUGCAUUAAAUAAAUUCCCAAAUGCAGGAGUUCAUGCAGUGGUAAAACAAACAUAACAAUUACAUUUUUCGCAUGUUGUUGAAUAUCUCAUCGUCUCAAUAAUGAUCAUUCCUCCUGAAAUCACUCAUUAUCAAGAUAAUAGUGUCGAACAAGAUGUGAAACAUUGAAUUGUCACGAUUUACAAUUAAAAAUUCAAUCUAUCCGCAUUAUUCAAAAUAGCUGAUAAAAACAUGAGCCAGUACAAUAUGUCAUGAAUGAGGUGAAGAGAAACCACUCAAACAUGACAAGAUAAUACAAAUGAUCACAAAUUAAAAGAAAAAUGAGUAAUGGAAAAUUUAUUUAUCGAAUAAAUAAUGAAUAAUCAAAUGGCCUAACUGGUCGCGCUUAUUCGUAAUGAUAAUAAAAAUAUUUUCACGAUCGAUCGAGCCGAGCAACGCAAAAAAUGCACAACAAUAUUUUACCCUAAUGGAAUUAUGGCACUGUUAUUAUCAAUUUUUUAAUAACAAUGAAUAAUUUACAAGUUAAUAAAAUGUUAAAUGGCAAUGAAAGUGAAGUACUAGAAUUUUACAAAAGAUGUUUAACAUUAUUUUUCAUUCAGGGAAAAGACAUAAUUCCAUUAUGGUACUUACGUCUGAUAUAAUUUUUUUUCCAUCUUCAUUUCUUAAAUGAUACAGCCUGAAUAAGCCUGUCUUUAUGAAUGAAAAAAAUGUACUAAAAUAAAAGAAUAAGAUUUCAUAACAUUCGCUAAGGUCUUGACUCUCAAACUGAAAUGAGUUGGACAAUUAAGAGAUAUUUGACUUUAUGCACGUGUCAUUGAAGUAUAAAAAAAAUUGUCAGGAAUUUAUCUGGGCGAAUCCCACGAGUUCUAAUGCCGGUACAACUCGACAGAAUUUUCAAGUAGAAUCACUUUGAUCCAAAUAAACGGAUCAGAAAACAAUUAAAAAAGAAAUUGCAAUAAAUCUCAACAAUUGUCUCAAAAAAUGAACAGACCGGCCGCAAUUGAAGUCUGAUUUUUACACAAAAAAACUACGGAAAACCACCUUAAAUUAACUUAUUGAAUGUAUACCACUGCAAAGUACUUUUUCGACCAAUAUUCGACACGACAUAUCAAUAAUGACGCUUUUUAUUGUUUAAAUAGCUCGAUCCCCUCUCUUCCUCUGAUUUUCACAUUAUUCUGCCUUUGAUAAAUGAUAAAUAAACGGUUCAAUGAAUUUUCGCCUCCAACACUAUAAUUUCAAAUCGUUUGAUAAUCAUUUAUGAUAAAUAACUAUUGAAAAUCUAACUUGAGCGAUAAUAUUAAAAAUAUAUAAAAUAACAAACAGAAAAAUGGAGUUUUUUUCAAAAUUGUUGUUGAAAAAAUAUCUAGUUCUAUGGAGAUAAUAUAACUAUUGUUAUUAAGCAUGAUAAUACGAAUAUAUCACAAAAUAUACUUUUGAGGAGUGAAUAAAUAACGCUCAGCCAUAAGAGCGUGGUCCGAAUCGUACGCUUAUUCUAUUAUACACCUACAGUAUUUCUAUAUAUAGCUCUAUAAAAGGAUUAUUAAAAAACAUAUACUUAUUAUAUAAAAAUAUCAAACUAGAUAUUUAUAUUAAAGAGGAAUAAUGAAAUUUAUCGAGCACAGAGACAAGGAGGUUUGAAUAAUGAUUAAAUAAAUCAUAAAAUAUCAAAGAAGUCAUGAAAACAUAUUAAUUAUACUUGUCGUCGUGAGGAAUAAACAAUCAGCGAAAUGCUCUUGACUUGCCAAUUUGGAAUAAUUUCAAUAUAUCGGGAGAUCAAAUUUUGACAGAAUUCCAGUGAAAAUCAAAUGGUUAAAUACAUAAAUCAUAUUUUUCAAUUGAUAACAAUCAUGUUGAUCAAACUAACUGAUGUGUCUGUGUUCUAUCCUGUUCUGCAUAACGUUUCGUGAUGUUCUAUUCUUGAUACUGUAAUUAUUAAAUCAAAUACCUCAACGGCAACUAUUUUAAUUGAAAAAUUAAUUUAAAAAAUUAUUCAGUUCACAACUAAAACAGGUAAAACUGUUACGUAAUUGAAAUUAUUCAGAAAAAAAUCAGCAAUUUUUUUUUCUAUUUGUGUGUCACAUUUUCUGGACUUAGUUUUCAUUGAAGAAAUUUGCCGUGUACCCAAAAAUUAUUAAAUAAUCCGUGGUUGUUCGAAAUUCGUCUUGAAACUUAUAUACUGUAUCUUAAAUGUGAUGUGGAACCAAAUAUUUUCAUGUUAUGUAUUCUAUAUUGAUCGAUUUAUUCAAAAUAAAGAAUAAUCAUCAUAUUUA